GAUCUGUACCAUAAAUCAGGAGAGAGAACAAUAGAGUAUAACCAGCAAUAGGGGAGAGUUGGGAUUGGGUAGGGACUGAGGAUAGGAGCAGAUCAUGCUCAAUUAAAGCAAGAUUGUUCAAAGCAGGUAUGAGAGAGAGACGUGGAGGAACAUGAAACCCAUGGUACAGCGGAAACAGAAAGGAAGGAGCCAGGCAGGUGGUGCUGAGACGGGGGGGACAAACCUUUCCCAGAGGAGUAAGAAACCAACUCAUUCCAAGUGGAGUAAAUGGGAGUUGCUGGCUAUGAUUGUCCCCGUCCUCCUUCUGCUUUACAUCUUGCUGUGCUAUGAGAACUUCCAUUUCCACGUGGCUCAUAUGUAUGCUCACCUGGGGUACCCCAAUGCCCAACACAUUGUGGGGCAGAGAUAUCUGCAAGGAACUGGUGUGGAAAAGAAUGAGGAGAUGGCCAUGCAUUGGUUCAGGGAAGCUGCAGAGCAGGGCCACCCCCACUCCUCCUUUAACCUGGCUGUGGGAAAGCUGAAAAACAUGACCAUGUCACUUGACAAAGGGGAAGUGGAAAAUCUCCUCAGUGUGGCUGCAGGUCAUGGGCUCCAAGAAGCUCAGGAACUUUUAGACAUCAUCAUCAGGAACAGAAAUCUUCCUUGAUGGACCCCAAAAGAGAUGGCAGCACUCUCACCUUUCUACUCUUUUUAUUUGGCUACUGUAGCACAUCUUUUCUUCUUUGACUUUGAUCAAUUUCUGGUCAUUUACUUUUAGAAACCUUAGAUGAGACACUGCAUUUGUCUUGCACUGGAUCACUGUACUUAGAAUGAAUGGCAUUUUGUAUUGUAUGAUGCAGGAAGAAAUACCAUUAUAUUCAGCCAUCUUGAUUUAACAUGACAGAACUUUGUCUUGAAUCCAACUUGAUCACCACUCAGCACAAAUUUGCUCAUACCUCAAUCUUACAACAAGCUGCUAUUCAAUUUUAUCAUAGUACAAAGAGUGCUCUGGGGAUGGGGAAAGGUAAUAGAAGUGAUCAGCAUAUAAAUAGCUUUCCUUUUGUUUGUAGCUCACUACAUUUGUACAGUGCUAGUGUCAUUCGCUUGCAAGUAGCUGGGAGCAGCUUACAUGCCAUGUGCGUGAACAGCCCAGGAGUGCGGGUUCUCACAGCAGAGCAGGGUAAGGCUGGCUCCCAGAGUCAAAGAUUGGAGAGGCCUAGCAGAUCACUGGUCCAGAUAACACCAGAAGGAAAUGUUACACCUCCAUGUUUCUUGUCUCAAACAUUUAUACCAUCCUCAGGCCUAGUUCUGGGCCCAAGUAAAAUGUUUUGCUUGUAAAAAUAAGGAAGUUGAAGAUAUGUGUACUGCAGUGUCCGUGUUUCUAUAUAUAAAACCAUCUUUGUCAUGUUUAUGACUAAAAUCACCUCCCCCCCCCCCAAAUUGAAAACAUACGCAUAGUCCUACUGGGGACUAGAGCUCAACAAAGUGGUUGGUUGUAAACAAUUCAUUUCCCCCUUCCCCCACUACAGUUGGAAGCUGAUUUUUCUCCAUACAGUGUCUGCCACUACUUGCAGAGUGUAACAAAACCUGAGCCUCUUCUCCCUUCCCCUUAACAUCAACAUAAAAAGCAAAAGCAAAGGCAGAAGCAAAAAAAGUUCUCUGGCCCUAGAAUCUGAAUGGAUCUUGUUUCCAUUGCAUAUGACAAUUACCAACCACAGGCCUGAGCCUUUGAAGGCGAGGGAAAUCUUUCUAUUGACGUUAGUGGGUUUUGUAUCAUGCCCCAUGUCAACUGUUUUUAACUCCCCCCCCCCCCACUACACACACACCUGCUUUAGCUCCAGCACUGCAGUCCUUUCCUUUUAUUUGAAAACUAGAUCUGUGCUAUAUGUAAACAGCAUGUUGUCAAACACUGAUCUACCAAUAAAGUACAAUA